UACUACUUCCGGUCACGUGGAAAAAGUGACUGGCGGUAUUUUUGUUUUGUUUAGCAGAGCUCUGCGGUGGUGGAGAUGGCCGCUAAAGCACCAUUUACAUUUGACCAGCCGCCUGAGGUUGACAAGUGUUCGGAUGCAGCGAAGGCGGAAAUACUGGAUGAGUGCGAAGAGGUGUUCUCUCAACUUCAAAAAAUUCAGAACAUGGUAAUAUCGGCUGACACCGAGGCCUGUGAUGGUGAAAGAAAUGACGCUCCAGACUAUCUCAAUGCCUUAGCAGCAGAACUUGACCAGUUGAAACAAAUGGAACCCAAAUUGAUCUCCACUAACCCUGAAAUACUGGCAGCUGUGGGUAGGGAUGAGCUAACAACGCUCAAUGAUCAGCUGGACAUGGUGGUGACCUACUACGAGACAAAGAGAGAGUCUCUCCAAGAAUCUUUAAGAAGAGAGAAACUGUGGCUGCAGGAGAAGAAGCAGGUUUUGAACGCGGUCACUGAUCAAGUGGAGGCAGUGCGCCUUGAAAACGACAAACUGACAGAGAGCAGCAAAUUGCUGGACAUGAAGAGGAAGAUCAAGAAGAUGAAGGACUACCAGGCCACCCUCAUGGAGACGCUCAGCGACUUGUUGGAGGAGCACUUCCCAGUCCCUGACCAAGGGAGAGGGACCGCCGGAAGAAAGAAGACUACAACUGAAACAGAGGUUGACAUUCUUCCACUCAACGAAGUCCUGGAGCUACUGACGAACAAGACUUUGGAGACACCCCACGAACCGUACGUAACCAUGGACGACCGCUUCUGGCAGCCCUACGUUGAAGUGCUCCUGCGUUACGGAAUCGCCACGAGGCACUCCGAAGACCACACCAAAAUUCGCUUGGAGAGUUUUUACUGACGGCCUCCAGAUGUGCCUUGGUGUGUAUUACGGGGAUGUUAAAAGAACUGUCCGCAUGCGGAGUGGUAACGGUAUGACUUCUGCGCUUUACACUGAUAUCCGACAAACGCGAUGCUUUGUAUAAUACUUAAAUGUUUCCUAUAUGGAUUAAAUUAUUACAUCUUUUGCA